AUGCUUGGAGGAGUUCUAAUAAAAAGCGUUGGCAAAAUGCCGCGCUACAAUGCAACUCGAAUGGCCACAAGGCUGAUGGCUCGGACAUCUUUGAACAGAAAACCGCUGGAAAUGACCGCUUCGAACGCUGCAGCAUCAAAACAAGACGCUGCCAAACCCGCUUCCGACGCUCAUUUACAGCAGCUAUCGAUGAAAGAGCUGGUCUCGCUCGGUGUCAUCGGUUUCGCAACCAUCAAUAAGCCCAUGCUGGACCUGGUGCUCAAAAUCUUUCCCUUUGUUCCCGUGUGGGCCAUGAAACUGCUGGUUUCGUCACUUUAUUGCGGCGGCGACAACUUCCAAGAGGUGCGGGACACUGGCAAAAGAUUGCAGGCUCGGGGCAUCAACAACGUCAUGCUUUCACUUACCAUCGAAGAUGCCGAAGGAACCAAGAACAUAGACAUCAAUCACAUCGUCACUGAAACUAUUUCGUCGAUCCAUAAUAUCCUCAAACCUCAUCUUCAAGAACAACUUGCUAAUGUCUCUGACGUCAACAGCAUUCCUCCAGGCUAUAUAGCCUUGAAGCCCUCUGCGCUGGUGUCAAACCCUUACCAAACUUUGCUACAUUUCAAUGACCCUCAGUGGAAAGCGCAGCGUGAUUCAUUGAUAAACAACUGUUCUGCAAUUACCCAGGAGGUCUACAACUUGAACCAAGAAUUCGGCAAGCUGUACCCACAACGUAAGACUCCAUUUUUUGUGUCUGUUAUUGAUGCUGAAAAGUACGAUUUGCAAAAAAGCGGAGUCUACGAGCUACAGCGCAUAUUAUUCAAGAAGUUCAAUCCAAAGUCAUCCAAUAUUGUUUCUUGCAUCGGGACCUGGCAAUUAUACCUUCAAGACUCGGGGGCUGACUUACUUAAAGUCUACGCACAAGCUGAGAAAGAGGGCUACAAGUUGGGCCUCAAAAUUGUUCGUGGUGCUUACAUCCAUUCGGAACCCAAUCGUGAAAGUGUAAUCUUUCCUGAUCAGGCCAGCACCGACAAGAAUUUCAACUCUAUUAUGUCCAAAGUUAUUGAUGAUCUUCUGACUAAGGGCGAAGAUUCUAUUUAUGGCCACUUGGUUGUGGCCUCUCAUAACUAUCAGUCGCAAAUUUUGGCAACUGAGAUGCUAAAGGGCCAUGACGGCAAAACGGGAAAAUUCAACGUUGUCCUAGGCCAGUUGCUGGGCAUGUCCGAUAAUGUCACCCACGAUCUCAUCGCAAACCACGGUGCCACGAAUUUGAUCAACUAUGUUCCUUGGGGACCACCUGCCGAGACAAAAGAUUACCUCCUUAGAAGACUUCAAGAGAACGGUGAUGCCGUGAGGGCUGAUAAUGGCUUUCCUUUGGUAAUAGCUGUUGGAAAAACUAUAUGGCGGACCAUACUUGGAAAAUCAGCCACUGCAUGA